GGCAAUCAGCCGUUCCCAGUGACGUGUUGCACUGUAUUUCCAAAUUAACUAUAACUUUAAAUAUUGUUUAGUGUUUAUACCAUGGCACAGUUUGGUGGACCGAAUGAUUUUUACGCCUCCGGGCCAUCAGCAGAUGCCAGCUACAAUUUUGAUAUGCCAGAAUUUGGCCAAGAACUCAAUUUUCAGACUUUCGACAACACACAGCCGACGGUGCCGCCAAACUAUGAUGCCACCUACAACAAUUCACCUACUCAAGGUCUUGGCGGCUUUUAUGAUCCAACUGCUUACACGGACACCAGCUUUGCGCAGGAUAAAUCCUUCAAGCAGACCAGCGCAACCAGCGGUGCGGCUUCUGGCAACGCAUUCGAGGAUGAGCCGCCACUCCUAGAAGAACUGGGCAUCAAUCCGAAUCAUAUAUUUCAAAAGACGCUCGCCGUUUUGAAUCCGCUGCGCGGCACAGAUCAACAAAUACUCCAGGACACGGACAUGGCCGGGCCAUUGGUAUUCUGUUUGACACUCGGAGGCAUUCUGCUGCUGAGCGGAAAGGUUACCUUCUCCUAUAUAUAUGGCAUCGGCGUCAUGGGCUGCAUAUUCUUCUACUGUCUGCUCUCGCUGAUGGUCACACGGUCGCAAGUGACCUUCGGGGCGGUUGCCUCCGUGCUGGGCUAUUGUCUGCUGCCCAUGGUCGUGCUGUCGGGCAUCAACAUUUUAAUCACCAUUCAGGGCACACUCGGCCUAAUUGUGAGCGGCAUCGCCAUAUUCUGGUGCGCCAUAUCGGCCUCGAAACUAUUCGCCACGGCAUUCUCCAUGGACCAUCAACAGCUGCUGAUUGCCUAUCCGUGUGCGAUGCUCUAUGGAGGAUUUGCGUUGAUUACCAUUUACUAGGCCGCCCCAAGGCAACCGUGUAUAGCUGUGUGUGUGUGUCUGUGUGCCAGCUCUUGUCUCUGUGUGUGUGUAUUGCAAUAUUGUGGCAUGGUUUUAAUUGUCCCACACAGACACACACCCAUACGCACACAUACUCACACUCACACUCAGCCUAUAGACAUGAUAAUAUUUUAAGAAUAUAAGCGCCGAUUGCAGAUUUGUUUUUCCAUA